AUGAUAUUGAUCAGCCAUGCAAUGGGGGAUUCUGCACAAGAGAAACAGAUUUGUGUAGAACAACUCACAGGUGUUUCAACAUGUCUACCAUAUUUGGGUGGCGACGCCAAAUCGCCGACGCCGGAUUGUUGCAAUGGUCUCAUACAAGCCAUUAAGAACAAUAAGAAGUGCUUAUGCAUUAUUCUCAAGGAUAGGGAUGACCCUGACCUUGGCCUAAAAAUUAACAUCACUAAUGCUCUUGGCCUUCCUUCUCUUUGCAAAGCACCUGAUAAUGUCUCUCAGUGUCCUGCACUUCUCCACUUGGAUCCAAAAUCACCUGAAGCUCAAGCUUUUAAUCAAAUGGGUCAGAACACCAAUGGUGGCCUUAUCAGUCCUCACAGUCCUUCUGGUAUUUCAUCCUUUCAAGAAGAAUAUCCACUUCUUGUUUCUAUUUUUCACUUUGGUUUUUGA